AUGAACAAUAAUCAAGGUGAAAGUGUGAUUCCAUUAAGGACACAUUCUAUCUAUAUGCCAUAUAUUGAUCAAGACCUUCAAAAUAGAUGGUUUGAUUUUGGUGCUGAUACCGUGAUUAACACAAAUAGACAUAUUAGAUUAACACAUGACCGACCUUCUCAAACAGGUUGGUUAUGGAGCCGUCUGCCAUUGACUUCUACGAAUUGGCAAGUUGAAUUUGAAUUUAAAAUUCAUGGAAAUAAUCCAACGCUUUUUGGUGAUGGAAUGGCUGUGUGGUUUACAACAGAACGUGCAAAACCUGGUCCUGUUUUUGGUUUUAUUGAUAAAUUUGAAGGCUUGGGGAUUUUUUUUGAUACUUAUCCUAAUGCCAAACAUAGUCAUUCUUUUCCUUAUGUUCUGGCUAUGGUUGGUGAUGGCAAAACUGAAUAUGAUCUUGGUAAUGAUGGUAAAAGUAAUGAGGUAGCAGGAUGUGAGGCUGAUAUACGUGGAAAACCUGUUCCGACAAAAGCUCGCAUUACAUAUUACAAGAAUACUUAUCUUGAGCUCAAGUUACAAUAUAAAGGUUGGGAUCAAUGGGAACCAUGUUUCACAAUUCCAAAUGUUACAAUUCCUAAUGUCGCUUAUCUUGGUUUUAGUGCAUUAACUGGUGAAGUUAGUGAUAAUCAUGACAUUAUCAGUGUCACAACAAACAAUAUUGUGUCAGUUCCUCCAAGGUUACACAAGCCAACUCUUAGAAACUCCGAUCCACAAGGAUCAUCAAAUUGGUCUAUAUUUGUUUACAUUCUUAAACUUAUUGCAACGGCCAUUUUUCUUGGUAUAUUGGUAUUGGUAUAUAGAAUGUAUAAAAGUCAAUCAAAUAAAAGAUUCUAA